AAAUAAAUUUCGUGUGUUUAGAAUCUGCGACGUUCCGUCAAUUUUAGCUAAUAAAUCGGAAUAUAUUGCAUCGUUUUCAGCCGAAAUUAAGUGAAAAGUGUGCUUGAUAGGUCAUGGAACCGUUUGCAUGUUUUAUGGAUGUGGAGAACUCUCGGUCUUAUAUUGAUGAGUUAUACUCCGACGAUACAUACAAGUGCCAGGAAGCCAUAGUUUGCCUGAAGAAUGCUGUAAUAGGGUCGAAUAAGAAAAAAGGCUCUGUAAUUUCGCAGGGCAUCGUUCCCAGAUUGAUAGCGUUACUUCGGGAGGAAACGAAAGCACCUAGUCUACGCUUGGAUGCGGCAAUCGUAAUCGGUUCGCUAGCAAAAGGAACAGAAUCGCAAGUGCAUUCUUUAAUUUACUAUGAGACCGUGCAAGUGUUGCUAGGAAUUGUGGUGAACCCAAACACGGAACGACGAUUGAUGGAGACCUGUUUAGGGGCAUUAAAAACUAUCUUGCAAUACCCGUUUGCACCAAUCGAACUUUUGCACUCCAACAUUGGUAAUCUGGUGCGAUUAAUUCAUCUUGCGUCUCCGGAUAGUUCGAUACAAUGUCAGGUGUAUGUGGCGAACAUUUUCGUACCACUUUGUCACUCGUCGCAUCAGCAGAAGAACCUUUGCCAGGCCAACGUGAUUCCGUUUCUUGCGCGACUAAUGAUAAGCCAGUUGACCAUCCUACAAGUACCUGCUCUCAAGUGUCUCGCUGCAAUGUGCUUCACCAACAAGUACGUGUCCGAUAUUGUAUGUCUGACCUUUCAUGAGAAUCGAUCAAUAUUGGAUAUCCUGACGGAAUUAUUAUCGCGAACGAGGGACGUUCAAAUUCAGUUAUCAGCAAGUCGUUGCCUAACCUAUCUGCACCGUUCCGGAUCAUUACGAGCCGAUGACUAUAGAAUUGUAUAUAAAACAUUACCAAGUUUGGCACGACUAUGUUCGGAAGAUUUUGACGAGGAUACCAGAGCAACAGCUGCUGAAACAUUGGCAUAUUUAGCAGAAAUUGAUUCAGAAUUGCAAAGGUUAGCAGCUAUAAGCAAUCAUUUGAUUUGUUCACUGGCUAGUCUAAUCCGAUGUCCAUCGCCAUUAUCGCGACAGGGUGCUUUCCGUUGCUUUGCAUCACUUGCCGCCAAUGACGAAGAUAUUCGCAAAAGGAUUAUUGAAAUGGACGGUUUAAUGGAGGAAGUGUUGAAUGGUCUGAAAGACACAUGUCCAGAGGUGCGACUUUCGGCAGUCCGUUGUUUACAUUCAUUGUCACGGUCAGUGCAAUUGCUGAGAACGACUUUCCAAGAUCACUCAGUGUGGCGUCCGUUAAUGGAUUUAUUGGUUGGCGAGCCUUCGCUGGAGCUUUUAACUGUAGUUACGUCAACUAUCUGUAAUUUGUUAUUGGAAUUCUCACCUGCAAAGGAGCCAAUGCUUGAAUCGGGUGCUGUGGAGAUGCUUUGCGAGUUGACGAAGCAUAGCGACCCGGCACUACGUUUGAACGGCAGUUGGGCACUUAUGAAUAUGGCCUUCCAGGCUGAACAGCACGUCAAAUCAAAAAUAAUCAAUACAUUAGGUACUGAUAGGAUAUUCCAGUUACUAGGAGAUUCUGAUGAACGAGUGAUAAUGAAAACUUUAGGACUGCUGAGGAAUCUGCUGAGCAAUACCUUGCACAUCGAAAUUAUUAUGUCAGAACAUGCAUCUGAGGUUUUACGAGCGGUUAAUCUCGUGCUCGAUGGACCGCAUCCACCCGAAGUAAAAGAGCAAGCUUUAAUAAUAAUAAGCAAUAUUACAGCUGGAGCUCGAGAAAAAGAUUAUGUACUGGAAGACGAGAAUAUCCUCAAGAAAAUAAGAGAGUUUCUAGUCGUGUCUGACAAUAAACUUCAGAUGGGCGCUGUGUUUGUAGUACGUAAUCUUAUGGAUAAAAGCGAUAGGCAGAAGACAUUGCGAGAAUCGGGUAUUUUGGAAAACCUGGAACAGCUUCUUCACAUGACACCUCGAGAUUCUCAGUUUUAUGAAGACAUACGGCAGGAGAUUUUAAGGUUUGACUUCUCGGACGAACACUGAACUUCUUCUAUUGUGUUAGGUCACACACACAGCUACCACCCCACCAUUACCAGCGUCGUAUGGAUCCCUUGUUAAUCAUUAAACGUGUGGUUAAAUGUAUCUUCCUAUAUAGCUGCCAUUCCAGUCACGUGGUAUCUGUCACGACACUUGGUGUAUACCUUACGAUAUGACGGCUUCAUUUAGUGAAAAAAUAAGCCUAGGAAAAAAAUCGGAGGAAAAUGCUGUAUCUCUUCGAAAUGACCAGGGUUAGUCGAUUAGGUACCGAUUGGCAGCAACAUUUGUUAAGUUUAUUCUAAUUUUAUUAUUUAUUUAGUAUUUGAGAGUAAUGACCAAAUGCAACUGGACGAGAGCGAUAUCAGAUAAAAUGCUGUUGAAAGUUUUUGUUUUUUUUUGAUAAAAUAUCGUAAAUAAAUUUGGUCACUGAGUUCUAAUCAAAUCGUACUCUCUCGUUGUCAGUGCGAGUGCGUGUGCGAAAACCAUUCUAUGUGUACAUAAAACAUUCACCAAUUGUAUAUAUUUCAUAAAAUCGAUGUAUUUUAUAAACCCAGACUGGCCAAGCAAAUAUAAGAGUUUUUGAUACAAAAACAAAGUACUGAAUUAAGUGUGAAUGAGAAGUGCAUGGUCAUUUCUGAGAGUUUCGCAUACAGAAAUAAGAAAUUAUUCACUUGAUAUGCAAACUCUUCCAAUACUAUUAAAAGUAUGGCGUUGAAAGGCAUUUAAUAGGAGAAGUGUUCUUUUUUCAGCGGAGCAGACUGUGAGAAUGCCAAAAUCGUUUAGGUUAACGAAACGAUAACUAUUUCAAUGUGCUCUGGCUUGAGGGGAUUCCAAAAUCACUAGAUCACCCUUAACCUGUAGAAAAGGCUAGGACCGAAUUGUGUAUAUAUUUAAAAUUGUUAAUUUUUUAGUUGACAAAGCUAAGUAAACAUUUCUCGCGCAAAAUUCUUGAGAUACUGCUUCACAGCAAUGCAAACUACUUUAUAACCAGGGAGAUCUGAAAUAAACCCAGUGAUCGAA